AUGGACCAGCCACCGUCCCCGCUGCCUGAGGGCCAGUGUCGAUACAUACUUCUCGUGCCCGGCAUCAAGGGUCAACGCUGCGCCUGCGCUCACUUUUCGCAUAACCAGUCCACACCCGGCGCUACUUGUGACUGUGGCCAUAUGGCUUGCUACCAUGUCAAAACAGCUGAGCAGCCUGCGGAGAAACGUGAGCUUGAUCUGCUCAAACAACGCCUCGAGGUCGUGGAGCGCCAGCUAGACCGUGAGCAGCAGGGCGCGUUUGGUAGUCUCGUCAGCAGGCUGGGCGAGUUGGAGGACCGUCUUGAUAAGACGCACGACGAGGCCACCCAGGAGAUUAGGACAUCGUAUCGAAACAUCAACCGCGUUUGGCAGUCGGUGGAGCUCCUUGAACAACGCUGUCUGCAGCUUCACGAGGCCAUGCGCACUGAAUCAAUACGAGUGACCAAGAUCGACCAUCAGAUGAGGUCCGUUGCUGAUCGCCAACUGGAGCUGGCGGAUGCUGAUCUCGGCCUGGAGGAGAGGCUCGACAAUUUAGAGACACAUCAUGUUCCAGUUUCGCCGGCGAGUCGAGCCUCCACGCCUCAGUUUUCCCAUGCUACCCAGAGCUCUGUGCCGGCUGAAGCUAAGAAGCCGACCCCUCUACCCAUUUCUGUUGAUCGAACCCCUCCCGCCAAAGGGACCUCCGGACCCUGGACAGUUCACAUCUCUCUAUUGCCUUCAUCCUCGCAACCAUUUCCUUUCGAAAGAGACACAAAUGCUUACAAGCGAUGCUUGUCACGCGGGCUGCACCGCACCGUCGUUGUAGCUGGUGCGGACAGUCAUUCCUUUUGUGCUGCCGUCUCCACCGCUUUCGACGCUGUCCUCAAGGGCCGCCCAUGGAUGCCGCUGAAGGCCAGGCUAUGCGACGCAACACAGCUGCGAGGGCUGCCCAUGCUACGCCCGUUGGAUAAGAAGUUGGUCGAUGCGCAGUAUGAUCUUGAGUUCUUGCGGGAACACUGUGCAGUGAGCGAUAGUAGUGGCAACGUCGAGUCGUUGUACAUCGCGAUGCGCCACGACACUCUCUCCUGGCACUUUCUACGCCGAUCGCCCAGGUUUCUCGACGGCCUUGAAACUUGCUGGUCAUUCGACCCAUACCUAGACCCAGAUGACGCACAAGAAGACGAUGAUUCGGCUUGCGACAGCCGUCCAUCGGCGGGGCACAUUAUGCCACAAUUAUCAUCCUUGAAGCGACGGGCGUCGGAUGCGACGCAAACCUCUGUCUUCGGAUCUGCCUCUGUGGGAGGUGAGGGCGAAAACGCGCGGAAGAAGAUGACCAUUGUCUCCUUGUCCACAAUCAUAGACCUUCCGAGGCGUGUCGAGAAGGUGUAG